AUGACUUCCCUCACCACCCACCCCCAAGCAGACACCCUAAUCCGCGCCGGCACAAUCGAAACACUGCACUCCGGCAUGCCACCACAGCGAUCUAUAGCCCUCCUCUCCGGACGCAUCAUCGCUCUCUCCGAGGAUCCAGCAGGCUUAGAUGACUUUAUCGGCAGCCAGACCCAGAUCAUCAACGUACCAGACUCCACCGUCCUCCCCGCAUUUACAGAUACGCAUACACAUCUGAUUCUCGCCGGUCUGACCAAUUUUGACGUCCCAGUUAACGACGUCAAGAACCUGGAUGAACUAUUCGCAAGAUUGAAGAAACGGGCGAGUGAGACGAAAGAGGGUGAAUGGAUUUGUACGGCGACGGAUUGGCUGGAGUACAACAUCAAAGAGCAGAGAUUGCCAACGUUGAAGGAACUCGAUGCAGUGUCUACCAAACAUCCCAUCAUGGUAAUGCGCGGUGGUCACAACGUAGUAGUCAACUCAGUCAUUACAGGACUACUAAACAUAACCUCCUCCACGCCCUCACCACCGGGCGGCCUCAUCGGAAAAGAAGAAGACGGAAGUCUAUCCGGUCUAUUCCAAGACUCAGCCACCAUCCCCGUCCUCAAAUUGAAGCCAUCCACAACCCUCGCGGAACGAGUUUCUGGACUAGAAGCCGCAAGCCGUGCGUACGCCGCAACGGGAACAGCCUGCGUCCGCGACUGCUACGUCCCGCUCGCUGAUCUAGACGCCCUCGUCGCUACCCACGCAGCCGGCAAACUUCACGUGCGCGUACAUGCCCUCAUACCCGCCGUGGGCAUGACGUCCGCAGAGCAGGUCGAGGGUUUACUUGACAAGAUGGAGUCUUACCGGCAUAUGCAAACGGACCCCUACCUCUCCGUCUGGGGCGUGAAAUUCAUGGUCGACGGCGGCAUGGAAGCAGGCGCCGUCUUCGAACCUUUCCUCGAGAUACCGCCCGGUCGCGAAAAAGACGCGGAUUGCAAUUGUUGCGGCUUACCCAGAUACCACGGGAUGCUCACAUGGGAGAAACCGGCUCUCGUGGAAGCCAUGACCGCGGUCGUACGUCGAGGCUGGAAGAUAGGCACACACGCAUAUGGCGAUCGGGCUGUCAAGUUGGUAUUGGAUGUAUACGAGGAACUCAUGCAGCGGUUUCCGUACUUACAGCCCGGAACACUGGUCAUGGAACACGGAGGCCUAAUCUCACCCAGCGAACAAAUCCGAGCGGUAAACCUCGGAAUCGCGACGACUAUCCAGCACCCGCUUCUCCACAACGCAGCGGGGGUACAAGAGGUAUACUGGGGCCACGAUCGCGUAUCCCGCACCUUCCCCGCUCGUACCUGGCUGGAUGCUGGUGCGCUGAUAGCGGGUGGGAGCGAUUAUCCUGUUGGUAGUUUUGCGGCUAUGCGGUCGGUUUGGGGGAUGGCGAGCCGCGAGACUGUGAUUGGGGUGAGGGGGGUUGAGCAUGCUAUUACUGUGGAGGAAGCGGUUGCGUUGCAUACUACCAAGGCGGCGGAACUGCUGAGGGAGGAGGGGGAGAGGGGACGGCUUCUACCGGGGUUUGUGGCGGAUAUGGCGGUUUGGGGGGUUAAUCCGCUGAAGGUGGAUGUGGGGAUGUUGAAGGAUAUGAUGCCUAGUCACAUUUCCGUUGAUGGCAAGUUUGUGAAGACUUAG